GUAUGCCACAUUUCGUUUAAAUCUCUAGCUGUCCACAAAAGUCCCAUAUACACAUACAUUUGAUUCUUUAUUGGAAAGGUAUGCUCAAUUUCAACAUAAUAGUUCAAGUAUUACUUGAACCUGUCCCAACAUAUUUAAUCAUGUCUAUUAAUCAUGUCCAUCAACAGCCUGGAUUCCUGAGUUAACAGAGAAAAAAUGUGGCUUUUCCACAUGUUUUCAACUUGAAUGACCAACAGUCAAACAUGCGGAGAAUAAAAACAUUAAAAUAGUCAAACCGGUCUAAUCAGAUAUGAGGGAGAAGAGGGGAGGGGGGUGAAAGGUUGUUUUAAAAGCACACACACCGCAGUGACCGUGUCAUCAGAGACAGACCUGUCAGUCUGAGUCAGCUUCUUGUCAGGGGGCAUCUGUGAAUGUUUUCAGGCUUUGCACUUUAUUUUAAGGGGCCAUAGAGAAGAAGGAGAGACUAUACCUCUGCAUAGUGUGGCUGGCACAUGCUCGGUCAUGUCCAAUGCUACGACACCGCAGCGGUAUUUACAUGUACAGUAGUGGGCAUAUAUGCAGUGACCAGCGCAGAUGUCACACUGGCUGCUUAUUAACUUGAACUGUGAUUGGUUGACUAAAUAUACUGUAGGUUGUUGUUGUUGUUUGCCUUGCAAUAAUCAGGAUUGCUUUUUAUCUGAAGACUAUGAUUUGUUCAACAUUAAAUCUCUUAAUAGGUCACAGAAAACCUUGCACAAUUAGGGAUCGGUUGACGAGUCACAAGAUAUUAUAUUAGGUAUGUGUUGUGAGCACAAGUAAAACAUGUUAUUGAACAAAUUACUUUAACGCUAGAGAAGUACUCAGGGUCAGUCACACCUUUUUAUUGCAAACUAUUACACUCGUUAUAACAAUUGCUCAAUCUAUCAACUGAGCCAGCUCCCUGUAUCUGGCCUACCUGAAUGAAGUAUAGCCCUAAAAUUCAUUUUUACUUCUCAUUUCUACUUGAAUGCAGAAAUCCAUGAAUUCACAACUAAUAUAAGUUGAGCAAAACAAUAUAUACACUUUGCACUGUUCCAUAGCCACAUAAACUGAGAAAUCAAACAUAUGACAAUAUAUUUUGCUGCACCCUUAGUGUUUCCUUGCACUUGUUGACCUUAUUCAGUAAGAGCACCAAAACUGGUUUUCCACACACAAAUCCAAAUGCAAAGUCUUCCCUUUUUAAUUUCAUUUUGUGGACUUUUGCUGAUAAGACUAGAAAAAACGUUUCACUGUCAUUCAUGGUGUAUUAAAGGGGGCAUCCCUGUGCAGUUGUGUUUCACAGUCUCAAACAGUUGAGGAAGAAAAGAAAUCGUAAUGAAAAUAUCACCACGCCCUCGUGGGGGGCUUUUUUUUUUUUUUUUUUUUUGCAGCCUCCAUAAAUACAGAAAGCUCCUCACCGCGGUGGCAGAAGCAGCCUACCCAGUUUAAGACGAAUUUCGUCAGAACAAACAAAAAGAAGGAGAAGUGUGUGAGUGUGUCGAAUAGAAAGUGAACGUGUGUCCUUCCCCUUCAUCCCCGCGGUCCUCCCUUGUGUGUUGGAAUUUCCCGCAUGGACUGAGAGGGAUCUUGCUCCGUAAAUUACAGCGCGCAGCACGUAAGAGGCCUUUUAUGGGCAUGGAAGUAGGUGUGGCCAGCGAGACGAGUGGAGGGAGGGAGGGGGGGGGAUCAUAAGACGAGCACAGACACGGAGAGACUCGAUGUACAGCAGAAGGCCGCAUUGCCAGCGUGACUUUUUUUUUUUUUUUGUGCAAUCAUAGUGCAAUGAUGUGCAACAGACAGCGGCGGCAUUGCGCCCGCGUUUCUGCACAUUAGCGCCCCGUCUCCUACCGGGGAGGGCUCUUGUUUACGCAGCGACGUCGUCGACCCCCUUUUCCUCUUCACUUAGCAGCGAAAGAGGGGGGGUUAGUAAAAAAAAAAAAAAAAAGUAGCACUGAGUGAGGUCAGCAGCAUAGCAUGAGUCAACCUUGGGGAUGUGUGCAGUCAUCAUCGCUGGUCUUGUGUUGUGCGGGCCUGCCGCCGCUGCUGCCGGACGCACAGAGCUGCGAGUGUACCAUCCUGCGGGCUAGUAGCAGCUUUCAUUACAAACACAGGUGUUGCCCGUGAAUGAGAAAAACGCACAGACUUCUUCAGAUCUCCUCACCCCUGGCUAGUGACCUCAGAGUAGGUCACGGAGAUCUUCGGAAGGGAUAGAAGAUUAUCUCGGCUGACCUGGCUCCCGCUAACGCUGGUGUCAGUGUAGCUUCGAAGCUUUAUCCUAACUCUGCAUACCCUGUAGAAGGGUACAUCUGGCCGUAUUGUUGACUGUAAUUUUUGGCGACACGUUCAACCGGUGGAGUACUGAUACUUUUCUGUCUCGGCUUAUUCAUGCCCGUCAUGAGCGUGCCAGCCCAGCAGAAACCCAGCGCCAAACGAACCGGCAAACGCAUCACCUUUUUCAACGAUCCAAGUGUAGCAAUGAAGGAGUCUUCUCAACACCCAGACGGGUCCUACUACGUCCCGAGCGGCACCGCCUCAGACCCCGGCCAGAGCGAGGCUGCAAGUACUGUAACCUCCAAUCCGGAAGGACCUCACAUGUACCUCAACUCUGUCAUCUUCAGCCCAGAUAAGGGCGACCAGAGCAGGGGUCACUAUCAGCAGACUGUUCCCAUGAAGUGGGCCCACCAGGAGCCGAGUCAGCAGCAGCAGUCGCUGUCCCAGCAGCAGAGAGCCGCCUCUUGGGGCACCAUGACGAACUGGGGCCAAACCUAUCCGAAUUAUAUCGGAGGAGUUAACGUGACGGACUCAAGGACUCAGAAUGCGUUUGUGAAGUCGAUGCAUGAGACUUCGGGCUUGCAGCCACACCAACAGCCCCCCAACAGAGCAGCAGACAAACCUGUAGUGGAGGCCUACAGGGACGCUGCCAAGUGGGAGCAGCAGCAGCGGGAGCAGCCCUUUCAGGAGACCCUCAAACCCGGAGUGCUGAACCCCCAGCAGCAGAGCACGUCCCUCCCGGGUGGGAGCUCGGUCCUGCAGCCCUUCCAGUUGGCGUUUGGUCAGCCCAAGCAGCAUCUGCCUGCCUACUACCAGACCUUCCAAGGGAACAGGACUACUCUGCCUAACCCGCCUAACUACUCGGCACCGAACGCCAAACCCCCACAUCACUUACAGCAGCUGCAAAAGCAAGAACAAAUCCAGCGCCAGCAACAGCAUCAUAUAAUCCAACAGCAAAUUCAGCAGCAGCAGCAGCAGCACCAUCAACAAAUGCAACAAAUGCACGUGCAGCAGCAGCUACAGCAGCAGAAACAAAUACAGCAUGAGCAGCAGCAACAAAAGAUACAGCAGCAGCAACAACAGCUCCAAAUUCAGCAGCAAAUGCACCAUCAGCAGUUGCAACAACAAAACCCCCAUGUGCUUGACUAUUACCCCGGCGCACAAAAUGCACACCCUCAUCCACAGCCCGUGGUGGUGCACUCCCAGGAGACCCCCGCCCUGGCUCCCCCGAAGAUCCAGGAGCCGAUCAUUCAGGACAUCACCCCGGAACCCCAGCAGCUAUUAGAUCCACUCCAGCCGCCUCUGCAGACGGAGCCCCUGUCCCAGACGCAGCUCCAGUCCCAAACGCAGCUUCGCAGAUCCCGGCGGCUCUCCAAGGAAGGCGGGGCGCCGUCGGACAACCCUUUUAUCCCGGCCGCCUCGGAGCAGCCGGCGCCGGGGCCGCAGGGGUCGCAGAACGGGGCCCGCGACAUCCAGGCCGCCCCGACGGGCGUCAUCCAGAGCACGCACAGGAAACGCAGGGUGUCCCUGGAGGUCAACCUGGAGACUCUAGCACGGGAGGCCUCGGAGAGAGAGUUUCUACCGUCACAUGGUGUAGAGGAGUCGCACAGGUCGUGGAGUCCCACCGAACCAGAGGGCAUGAACGCCAAGCGGCCCCGAGACGACAGCCUCCUCCCGCUCGUCAUCCCCGUGUCGGUCCCGGUCCGGAGGCAGGAUCCCUCGUCUCCAGACAGGGACGAAGCGGCCCUGGCAUCCAGCUGGCCUCCCAGGCUUUCAAACCCCCUGGACGUCGGCCGCGCGGACCACAAGCCCUCGGUCAUUGUCACCCGCAGACGCUCGCUCAGGAACUCCCUGUCAGAAAGCCCGGAGCAGAAUGACGCCGCAGAAGGGGAAAAGGAUGACGACGGCAAAAAGUCCAAACGUCGUCCCCGGCCCGAGCCUCUCUUCAUCCCGCCGCCCAAGCCCGGCUUAUUCAUCGCCCCGCCCGUCUACUCCAGCAUCACGCCCUACCAGAGCCACCUGCGCUCCCCCGUACGCCUCGCCGACAACCCCCUCAUCAUACCCCCCUACACGCCUCCGCCGAUCCUCAGCCCCGUCCGCGAGGGCUCGGGCCUCUACUUCUCCACUCUGCUGUCGUCCGCCGCCGCCGCCGCAGCCAGCGGCCCGGGCCUGCCGCCCCCCGCCACGCCGAAGUCGGCCACGCGCAGCCUGUUGCGUUCCAACAGCUGCGACAUCACACCUCCGGUCUUGUCUGCUAUGAGCGAGGCCACUCCAGUCAGCAUUGAACCACGGAUAAAUAUCGGGUCGCGGUACCAGGCGGAAGUGCCAGAGCUGAGGCAGCGGUCGGCCGUCGAGCUGGAUCAGCAUCGCGCGGACCUGGUCUGGGUGCCGCUGGGCGAACUUGACGACAAACCCGACUCCCAGAAGAAAGUGGAAGACCUCAUGCACCUGGCCUGCUCCAGUGUUUUGUUCGGAGGAGGCACCAACCAGGAGCUGGCCCACCAUUGUCUGUACGAGUGCAAAGGGGACAUAAUGGCCGCUCUGUCCCUUCUGAUGCUGAAGAAUCCCAUUUUCCCCAAGUCUCACCAUCUAUCCAACUACCACUACUCAGGAUCAGACAGCUGGACAGCAGCUGAGCGACGCCAGUUCAACAAAGGCAUCACAGCGUUCAAGAAAGACUUCUUUAUGGUGCAGAAGCAGGUGUGUGGUUCCCAGGUAACCACUAAGACGGUGGCGCAGUGUGUGGAGUUCUACUACACGUACAAGAAACAGGUGAAGAUCGGUCGCAAUGGGACGCUAACGUACGGCGAGGCAGAGCCGCUGGACAGCAGGACAACGGAGGAGGAGACGGACCACAAGGGCUCUCACAGGCUGGAGCCUCAGCGGGAGGAGGAGGACAGCAGGAAGUGGGAAGGAUCAGCUGACAGGAAACAGGAUGUCUGCCCCACCAAGGUGACACACACUCUGCAGUCCACUGACAAUCCUGGGACCGUCCUGAUCAUGAAAGGCCAGGAGGACGCGGGGAGGGAGCAGCAGCCGCCGUCCCGGGUCAUCCACCCCGCUCACCCGCCCCCGCCCAGCUCCAAACCGCGUCACGAUGGCAACACGCGCAGAACGAGCCCGGCAACCGGCAACAAAGGCUCCGCCGGUCAGGAGGGAGAGUUCCCCUGCAAGAAAUGCGGCAGGAUUUUCUACAAGGUGAAGAGCCGCAGCGCACACAUGAAGAGCCACGCGGAGCAGGAGAAGAAGGCCGCCGCCCUGCGCCAGAAAGAGGCCGAGGAGCGGGCGGCGGCGAAGGCAGCGGCCGAGGCCGCCGCCAUCUUGGCCGCGCGGCAGCCAAACGGGACGCGGCAGGCGGGCGGCGACAGCACCAACGACGACUCGUCGGACGGAGAGGACGACGACGACGAGGACUGGCAGUGAGGGGAAGGCCGCACAGACUCGACAGCAGGCAAACGGCGGCGGCGGUGGUGGCGGUUCAGUCCUGGAACGGAGGCGACAGCCCCCUCCGGUGAACCCUCUGUAUAUUUCGUGGAACAAGAAGACUUCCGUUGCUUGGCACAUUCAGGGACAGAUGAACUCCCGUGUACUUGUUUAACUGUGAACGCGUAGGGACGGAGCGAGCGGAGCGGCGGCGGCGGCGUGCUUUCCAGGAACUCCCCUUUACUCCGCUUUAAUUAAAGGCAUCUCAAGAGUUACCUCUCUUGGUCACAGGGCUCGGUCAAGUCAAAGCCAUGCCGCUUUUUCUCUUUUUUUUUAUUGUUUUUUUUGUUUUUGUUUUUUGUUUUUGGCGCUGUCCCGUUCCCAGCCGCGGCCUUCCUUCCUUCCUCAGCACUUUGAGUCUGCUUCGUUUUGUCGGGCGUUGAACUCACCGGACCUCGUUUUUUGUUUUCUCGGGACGAGCCACAUGCACGUGCUCGCUUGGUCCUGGAUGGAUGGAUGGAUGAAUGGACGGAUGGAUGAAUGGAUGGACGGAUGGACGGAUGGACGGAUGGAUGGAUGGAUGGAUGGAUGGAUGGAUGGAUGUGCAAACUGUUGCCUCUGUUUCGCCUGCACUCAGACCUUUUCUCAGACGCAUGUGUUCAUCUGUGAAUCCCCCUCCUCCCUUCAGCCCUUUUCUAGCUCCCUCAGUUUGUUCCUCACUGUUGAUGCCUUGGAUGUUUUGAUGCUUUUUAUCUCGAAAUGACAAUCAAUUUUACACUGUUGUUUUUUUUUUUUUUUUGUUUUGUUUUUUUUUUUAUGAAAACACACACACACACAGACACACACACACAGGUAAACGUUACUUUUUUUCCUGCCUGUGUCGCUCUGUAUGGUUAUUGUUGUUGUGAAUAUUCUCGUUGAUGAUUAUUAAUAUUAUUAUUAUUAUUAUUAUUAUAUUCUGUUUUUCGGCUGCAAUUUAACUGAGCGCUUUUUUCCCAUUUUUGUCUUUUUUUUUUUCUUUCUUUUUUUUUUAUUUAAACAUAAAACAAAAAUAAUGCUACUUGCUGCCUGUUUAUAACUGUGAGAUUAUUUUAUUUUAUUUUAUUUUUUUUGUUGUUGUUGUUGGAAGCCAGAAGUGAAGAAAAAGGCAGAAUCGUAAUGUGCAAUAGAACAAGUUGACCCCGUGUUACCUGAGUGUUCGGCCCCCGUCCCUCCCCCUCCUCCCUCCCCCCCUCCCACCCCGUCACGCUCACAGCUGUCGACCCUGUAACUGAUAGCAGGUACUGACUCAGACUGUUGAAACCCCAGGUCUCUAAAGAUACACACAAACAAAGUCGGGGCGCAUUUCAAUCUUUGUGGCGUCAUCACUCCCCUGAAAUUUAAACGCAAUUUGUUUUUGUGGGGUUUUUUUUUCUUGGCUAUUUACACAUUCAAACUGGCUUUAAGAGACGCGAGGUUCAAACUUUACAGGGUUUAAAAUAGGACACUUUGUCCGUCUAUAAUAAAGUGUCUCCUUUCGCUUUUUGUCAGCAGGUCGUUCGCUUUCAUCCACUUCCAUUGACAGAAACAUAAUUUACUGUAAACCAAACUUGACCCAGAUUUUGCACGUCUUUCUUUCUUUCGGUCUUUUCUUUUUAACGAGAUGAGAUUCUGAACGCAGACACGCGACUUUCCCUCGCUUUCACAGAUCGGCUUCUGUCGCGCACUCUUUCUACCUCAGCGUUGUAGCCCUCGCACUUUCCGCAGACUGUUACUGAUUGAACAUUCAUUUUUUUUCCGAAUUAUUAUAAGUAUUUGCAGAGAGGGAAAUUAUUAUCGCAAAACCAGAUCUUUGAAGGGGAUUCCGUGAUUUUUUUUUCUUUUUCAAUUUCUUUACAAAAACACACAACUUUUAAGUGCGGACAAAAAGCGUUUUUUAUAAAAAUAAAAAAAAAAUUUUUUCAGGGCUGUGCGUCAAACUCCUCGACGACUCCUGAUGAGAGUAGACGGUUUACUGACAAAAACUGACGAGAGCAGGCAGUAGGCAGUUUCACCCCUGGCGUUUGCGCUGUCGUUUACUUUUUAUAUUUGACUGUUUACGGAUGAAAACGUAAAAAGAGGCAUUAAGAGAGGCCGCCGCAUGCUCUGCAAAACCAUCACUGAAUUCUCACACGUUGAGGGUCUUGCGUCAGACUGUGUGCACAGUUACAUUUUUGCACUAAAGUCCCUUUUUCCUUUAGUCUGAAUUUUUCUUUUUCUUUUUUUUUUUUUUUAAUGUGAUAAAGUGUCUGGGCCUGUAUUUAGAUUGUUGUGGCACUAAGACACUGAACCCUGUUCGGGAGCUGUGUGGGUUUAGCAGCUACUGAAGGCCACGGCUGACACAUGUGACAAAAAAGGAAAAGAAGAAACGUCUAAAAUCUUUCUGCAUUGGUUGCCUUUUAUUAUUAUUAUUAUAAUUAUUAUUUCUCUUUACCGCGUUGCUGAUACGAGGCGCCGACUUGGACCACGGGAGUGUUUUGAUUCGUCUAUCGCUGCAUAUCUCUACGUUAUGCCCUUUGCCCCCCUCCCCCCUCCUCCCUGCAGCCACAGCCUCUGUUGCCGUAGCAACGCUCGGGUUAAAGGGUUAUUUUUCCUUUAAUGGACAAACCCGCAGCGCGGCUCUCCGGCCAGUCCGCCGACUUAGACCUGGGUCUAUGCACAGACUGUUGUUACUGUACGCCAGUCGUGAACGAAGACACACAAACUAAAAAGAGAAGAAAAAAAAAGAUUGCAGACUGUUCACAUGUUUGUUAAUUUAUAUUCCCUUUUUAUGUUUCUUGACGGUGAGUGGGUGGGUGGUGAGGGGGAAAGGGAGGGGAGGGCAGGGGAGGGGGGGUUGUUGCUGUUGUUGCUGUUGUUGUUGCCGUUGUCGUCACAGAAAAAGUUUUUCAAGGAUGAAAUGAGCCAGCUGUAAACUCUUCGUUAUCAUCCAGCUGGUUAAGGGAAUUUUAAGGGGACAAAAAAAAAAAGGUUUAUUUAGCUAAAGAUUAGAAAUAUAUUAUAUGAAUGGAAUUCUAUGUUUGCAUACUUUCUAUGCUAUUUUCAUAUGGGGUUCACACUAAUGACAAAAAAAAAAAACGGAAAGGAAUCUCAAGUGCUUUUUACUACAGUGUAACUUAUUUGUUUUGAUCUUAUUUGAUUUUUACCACCUGUGUUUUUAGUAAUGAUUUAUGAAGCACUGUAUAUUAAAGUUUUAAAAAUAUUCAA